AUGAACCAAGAUAGUGUGGUAUUAGAAAAAACCAAAAAAAAAACUAAAAGAUUUGAUAAACAUAAUCAACCUAUUCUUAAAGGAGUAUCAGCAAAAGCUGUCACAUUUAGAGAUUAAAUAGAAGGAAUACCAAUUUAAGAUAUUUAUCUAGUUGAGCGAUUAUAAUAUUAAGAAUAGAAAAAAAAGUGUUCUUGUUCGUGUGCUAUUCAAUGA